AAAAUAUUAAGAAAGAAAAGGAUACUCAAAUACAGAGGAAAAGGGAAAAGAGCGAUGCCAAUUCAAUCCGAGAAUGAUACUGAUAUAUGCCAAAAUGGCAUGCCAAGGCCUGCAUCUGAACUCAUUUUGUUAAAAUUGAUACCCUAUCCACACACCCACUUCCUUAGAUUCCAAAUUCUUCCUUACCCUUUUACAUUCCUAUCCUAUUUCUUUUCUUGUCAAUCUCUAUAUACACAGACAAAAAACACCACAGCUAACUACAAUUUAUAGGGAUAAUCAAGGAAAGGAAACAAAUUAAGAGAAAGCCAAAGGAAAAAAAAUAAAUUCAGGAAAUCAAAAAAAGGCAAUGAAGUUUGGGAAAGAGUUCAAGACCCAUCUAGAGGAAACCCUUCCUGAAUGGAGGGACAAGUUUCUUUGCUACAAGCCUCUCAAGAAACUUCUAAAGCAGUUCCCUGCAACAUCUGCUGCUUCUUUAUCCUUUGACCCGAGUUUCUUGCUCCAGCAUCAACAGCUCUUCCCUAUUGAUGGUAUUGAUGGCCUUGAUGGUGAUCAUCAUAAUCCUGAGACUGGUGCAAACAGGUCCUUGCUGUUACUUCAAGAUUGGUUCAUUCGAAUUUUAAAUGAAGAGCUUGAUAAGUUCAAUGAUUUUUAUGUCGAUAAAGAGGAAGAAUUUAUUAUCCGUUUUCAGGAGCUGAAGGAAAGAAUCGAGUGUCUAAAAGAACAGAGCAGCAUGAAUGGAGUUUUUACAUCAGAAAGUGAAUUCAGUGAAGAAAUGAUGGACAUUCGUAAAGAUUUGGUUACCAUUCAUGGGGAGAUGGUGCUUCUCAAAAAUUAUAGCUCCUUAAACUUUGCAGGUCUAGUGAAGAUUUUAAAGAAGUAUGAUAAACGGACAGGAGAAUUGUUGUGUCUACCUUUUACCCAGCUUGCUCUUCAUCAGCCCUUUUUUACAACAGAACCCCUAACAAGGCUAGUCCAUGAAUGCGAGGCAAAUCUUGAGCUCCUGUUUCCAUUGCAGGCAGAAGUCAUCGAAUCUAAUAAUUCCACAGAAAAGCAGUCAAAUCCACCACUGAAUAACUCAGUAAAUAUGGCAUCUGAGGGCUCAUCAGCUCUUGGGGAUGAUACUAUAGAUAUAUACCGCAGCACACUUGCUGCAAUGAAAGCCAUACGAGGCCUUCAAAAAGCAAGCUCCACCUACAAUCCACUGUCAUUCUCAUCUCUCUUCAAGAACCAAGAUGAUGAAAAUAAUGGCGCUGUAACAGCUGAAAACUCAGCUUCAAAUUCUUUAUCCACACUACAUCAUGGCGAAGAAUCUGAUAAAGAUGAUGUGCAUUCUGUCUAACAGCUUUUAUAUUAGUAGCUCUACAAUGCCACAUCUUUUAUCUUCUUUCCUUUUUAUGAAACAAAGGGUUACUGUCAAACUUUUAGAAACUGAAUAACAUGUCUACUGUAGCUGUUUGUAUCACUAGUUGACAAAUGGUUAAAACCUGUUAGUUAUAAAAGUCGUGGUGUUUUUUGUUGGCUUGGAUAA